GUGUGGUAAAAAGGAAAAGAAAAAAAAAAAGUUCGAACUGUUCCGUGAACAGCAGAGAGCUCAGAUAGAGUGUGUAGUAGGCAAGUCGACGGAAAAUAGUGAGAAGAUUAGCCAGGCAACAGAAAGCGAAUGUUAACCUGCGUGAGUCACUAACUACAGGUUCACUGUCUCCACUGGAUCUGACUGCUGAAGGUGUGCUGCUGACUUUAGGUUGAAGUUUGCGCACCUGAGAGGAUCUACAGUAGUGUAGUGUAGGUCUACCUGCGGCUCUAGAAUAAUAAAAGUACAAGCAGGAAGCAUUGAAGAAAAUAUUUAUUUUGACUGGCAAUAUCUGUAAGAUGUUUUAAUUAAGAGGAGCAUAUUUGCACUUAGUCUUUGCCAACUCUUCUCUGGAUAUCCCAAAUUAACAACGUCUCGAGUCAGAGGAUUUUUUCUUUUGGUGCCUUUUUUUUACUGCGAGGAUUUAAAGAAAAAAAAGGGGGUUCAGAUCUCAAGCAGUCUACUGAAAUCUUCCUCUUUCCUGGACCAUGUACCAGGACUACUCCGGGAACUACGACACGUCGUCCCGCGGCAGCAGCACCUCUCCGGCCCAGCCAGAGUCCUUCACAAGCGGCAGCAGCACGAUCGGAAGUCCGAUCUCUACCUCAAGCUACCAGAAGUACAGAGUCGACAUGCCCGGCUCCAACAGUGCCUUCAUCCCCACCAUCAAUGCAAUCACGACCAGCCAAGACCUACAGUGGAUGGUGCAGCCCACCGUCAUCACCUCCAUGUCCAACCCUUACUCCCGCUCCCACCCGUACGGCCAUCACAUGCCCAACGGAUCAGGGCUGCUGGGUCACAACACGCUGGCACGGCCCGGGGUCAUCCGCUCCAUCGGGGACGCCAGGGGCAGACGCAAGAGGGACGAACAGCUCACCCCAGAGGAAGAGGAGAAAAGGAGGGUGAGGCGUGAGAGGAAUAAGUUAGCCGCCGCCAAAUGCCGCAACCGCAGGCGAGAGCUGACAGAGAUGCUGCAAGGGGAGACUGAGAAGCUGGAGGAGGAGAAAGCAGACUUGCAGAAGGAGAUCGAGACCCUGCAGAAGGAGAAAGACAAGCUGGAGUUCAUGCUGGUUGCUCACAAUCCCGUGUGCAAGCUCCCCAUCGACGACCGCCACGCGACAUCGGCGCACCAGCAGCACCAGCAACACCAGCAGCACCAGCAGCAGCAGCAGCAGCAACAGCAGUGCGCCCCCCUCCCCCUGACCAUGCGCCCCAACAUGGUCAACAGGGCUCAGAUGAACCACGUGGUUGUGAAGCAGGAGCCGGAGGACGAGGAGGUGGGCAAGCCCCAGCGCUCCGUCAUCAAGCCCAUCUGCCUGGGCGGCGGCAUCGUCAGCGGAGGGAUGUACUGCACAGAUGGAGACAGCCUGAACACGCCGGUGGUGGCGGCAUCCACCCCGGCCGCCACGCCGAACGCCCCGAGCCUCAUAUUCACCUACCCGAGCAUGCUGGAGCCAGAGAGCCCCUCGCCCUCCUCCGAGUCCUGUUCCAAGGCCCACCGGCGCAGCAGCAGCAGCGGGGACCAGUCCUCAGACUCCCUCAACUCGCCCACCCUCCUAGCCCUCUGAGCGAGGGCUCUGCUCGGCACAGCUGAGAAACAAACACUGUGGCUGACGGCAAGCAUGAGGAUCAACUGCGCCCCCUCCCUCCUUUCUCCAGUGUCUUUUAAAAGACCCAAGAGCACAUUCAAGAGUCCAGACCAAGAUGACUAUGUGAGCCGUUUCCCUCUCCGCAGGGAGACCCACAAGGGCUACGCCGCGUGUUUCUUCUUGUUCUGCUUCAGUGUAAAAAAAAAUUUAUCCGUAAGAGUGUGUGCACCAAUCCUAAAAAAAGUGUCAUCCCUUCGCCAUUUCAACUCCAGAGUGUCGACUUGUUUACUGGGAAGACAAUUCUGAAGAAAAACAUGCCUGAAUCUGGCAACUGUAGGUUGAUGUGACUACACCUAGAGAGCGCGUUCUUAAUAUAUUUUUUUGAAAAUGUUUAAAAAGCCAUGUGGCCGACACUUGCACUCCGCCAAGACGAAUCAAUAAAUCACUAAACGAGGUCAGCGUUCUGCUGGAAUUUCUGAGGAGAGAAAGAGACAACGAGCAAAAAGACUUCCUCUCAUCUCUUUUUCCAUUUUCGACUUGUCCUUUUCCUAACUUGGACCUCGAUUCAGGAAUCGCUACUACGAGUGUGUACACAUUCCCAACGCUAUUUCCAUCUCUUUAAUUGUAUUUAUGGCCUGUGCUGAUUCAAUUUUACAAAGUGUUUUGUUGAGACAUUGUCCUCUCCUUAAUCUGCCUGUAGAAAAGCAAAACGGUCAUCUGUGCAGUGACCAAAGCACUCCUCAGUGUUGCAAAGGAUACGAGCCAACUUUCAAUCAAUGACUAGUUCCUCAAUACUCUAUACCUUCUAUUUUGCCAUAGUGGCUUGACUUUACAGUAGUAUUGGUGUGCUUUUCCUCAGUGAUUCUGUACCUGAACUUUACAACCUGUUUAUGACAAAGUGUAUGUGAUUUACAUUGAUGUCAGGGAUAUCUCUCAUGUGUAGUAGAACCCCAUCGUGAAGAGCGUUGCACGACUGCAGGCUGCCGUAUGGUCUAGUGUUGCAGCGGCGGUAAUACACGUGGAGGGAUGAGAAACUUCAUCGCUCCAUCGUGUCGAGAAAGGUUCGUCUUUUUUCCGCUGAGACAACACAAAAGUUUGAACAAA